CAUUAUAAAUAGAAGAUACUCACAGCUCAAUGCUUUCAUCCAUAUUUACUAAAAACCUAAAAUUUUCUGAUUAAGUGAAGUGCAAAAAAAAAAAAACAUGAAGAAUCAUUCAUCUUGUUCUAAGUUGGCUCUCUUAGCAUUUUUGUUGCUGACUAUUUCAGCUCCUACGCUGGUGCAACCAACUACUACUAGUGAGAUAGUAGAUGAUGUUACUCAAGCCAUAAUACAAGAAAUUGCAAAGGAGGAACUUAUUGCUGCUUAUUAUAACAACAUUAAUCAAGAAAAGGCCAUUAUCAAGGAAUUUGGGUCUGCAAAAGAGACACUCAAGUGCGCAAAGAAAGCAGGCGCAUGUAGUUCAUCUUCUGAUUGCUGUAAAGGUUAUUAUUGCAUGAAGCAUUUUCCUUAUGCCACUUGCGAGGAACCCUACUACAUUAAUCAAGAAAAUGCAAUUAAUCAAGAAAAUGCAAUAAUUAAUCAAGAAAAUGCAAUUAUCAAGGAAUUUGGGUUUGAAAAAGAGACACUCAAGUGCCAAGCGAAAGGAUCCACAUGUGGUCAUCCAGGCCUUGAUUGCUGUAGGGGUCCUUGCGAAAAGCCCGCGGGGUCGAAAUGGCCUUUUAAAUUUUGCACUAAGUAAGAUCGUAUCGUGGUGUCGUUUCGUGUCUCUAUCUGAAACUCAUGGAUCACCGAUAUGUUGUACGUUGUUUUGUGUUUCCUACAUGUAUCACGUAUCACGUACGUUUAUGUUUAUUUUUGUAUUUGUGUUCAUCAGUUUAGGAGGGUAUGGGUCGAUGCUCGUUUGAUAUAUUGCUAAGGAUCAGAACAUCUAUUAUUGUAUGUCGUUGUAACUUGUACGUACGUACUUUCCUUUGUUGUUCAUUAAUAAAAACCCCCCUCUAAUUGUCAUA